AUCGUCCAUAAUUCAGAAAAUGAGCCUUAUUUGUUUAUAUAUAGGUAAGAGCAAGAGAUUGGAACUUAAGUAAUAGCUUCAUCAACCUUUUUAGGCUCCCUAAGAUGUUGGUUAGAUAAAGUUGGAUCCAAAAAGUCACAUCCCCGAUUAUUGCAGCAGUUCUCCAGCGGCAUACUGCGUGUGAUUCCAUAAGACUAAUCCUUUUGACUCUUUUUAUCAUUGGAAAAUGUAUAUUUACUGACUGUAUCUGCAAAACUUUAAUUACUUGGAACUGGAGAAAAGAGUUUCACUAGAUUAUAUUUCAAGUAAAAUCAAAGAAAGAAGAUGUCAAUGUUGGAAAUUUGAGAACAUCUUUGAUUUGAGGCAAAAGAAAAGAAAAAGGUAGAUUCAUUAAGUCGUCAAAAAGUCGUAGUUUAUUGUAACUUGAAGGUGUUGAAGAUUCUUCAAUUACGAAGUAAUGUCUGAAAACGAAGUUCCAUCUACAACAGUACAAAUAUGUAAAGAGCAGAGUCCCCACCGCAACUAACUCGUCUUCCUACAGUUUCCACGACCAUGCAGAAAAUAAAUAAAUAAAUCAGUCGUUGUAGUAAAAUAAGUAACCUAUUUACCCGAGAGCUUCAUACUAUAAUUUUAUUAUUAUCUUCUUUCUUCUUCGUUCUUUUUUAAUUUGCUUUGGUUUAGAUCAUAUUUCUUCUAAUUGUGGCUUCUUAAAUCCUUGUUAUGAGCCGCUUUGAAGGCCACUAAACCCCACCAUAUUCCCUUAUGUCCCUCCCAGCUCAGCUAUUUCAGCUGCUUUCUCAUACGAACUCAAGGGUAUUAAUAUGAUAGCUUUCUUUUAGUCUAACGAGCAUGUUUGAUAAUUCUGAUUUUGCAGGUUUGAAGUCUGUAAAGAGAUUUUAAGAUCAAUGGGUGUUUCCCUUUCUUUGCUUUUAUCAGCUUGGAAGGAAAUCCUGAAACUUCAAGUUUUUAGUUAUGCCAUGGAAAAGGUUAUUGUAAGGUCUGGAGAGAAGGAUGAUUCUCAGUUUCCCAUUAAAGAACCAAAGCUUGAAGCUUCCGAUUACUUCAAACAUUUAGCAUUUGAUCAAGGGAAUGCAAAUUCAGUUCCCUCAAAUGAUAAAGCCAAUGGAAUCGUUAUACCAGUAAAACCCACUAUAAAGCUCCCUAAACCAGUGAUAAUGUUUUCUCCAAGGCCCCUAAGUGAGCUCGAUGCUGCUGCAACUAAGCUUCAAAAAGUCUAUAGAGGCUAUAGGACAAGGAGGAAUCUUGCAGAUUGUGCAGUUGUGGUUGAGGAGCUCUGGUGGAAGACCUUAGAUUCUGCAGCACUAAGAAGGUGUUCUGUUUCAUUCUAUGAAAUUGAGAAACAUGAAACUGUCAUAUCAAAGUGGGCACGGGCUAAAACAAGGGCUGCCAAGGUUGGGAAGGGUUUGUCUAAGGAUGAGAAGGCUCAAAAACUAGCCCUCCAACAUUGGCUUGAAGCUAUUGACCCACGACAUCGUUAUGGACACAAUUUACACUUCUACUAUGAUGUUUGGUCAGCAAGCAAGAGCAGUCAACCUUUCUUCUACUGGUUGGAUAUUGGCGAUGGCAAAGAACUAAAUCUCAAGAAGUGUCCAAGAACAAAUCUACAAAGACAAUGCAUCAAAUAUCUUGGACCAAAAGAAAGGGAAGCAUUUGAAGUGAUUGUGGAAAAUGGAAAGCUUGUUUACAAGCAAUCUGGGAUGCCUGUUCACACCACUGAGGGUUCUAAGUGGAUUUUUGUGCUUAGCACAACAAGAUCCUUGUAUGUUGGGAAAAAGAAGAAAGGGGUAUUUCAGCACUCGAGUUUCCUUUCAGGAGGUGCUACAACAGCUGCUGGAAGAUUGGUGGCUUCUCAUGGAUUUCUUGAGGCUGUUUGGCCUUACAGUGGUCAUUAUCUACCAACUGAAGACAAUUUCAAGGAAUUCAUUAUUUUCCUUGAAGAACACAAUGUGGAUUUAACCAACGUUAAGAGAUGUGCAGUAGAUGAGGGCUACACCUCAAACAAAGUUGUCGGCUAUGAGUCCAAGCAUGGGGUAAUUAAAGAUACAAUGGAAACAGAAAAAUCGAGAGAUUCAAAGACUGUAGAGGUCGAUGAUGAGCCUGCAAAUGAUGAGUGCAUCAGAACUGAAAGUCUUGAAGUUAGCAUAGACAGCAGUGCAGCACAAGCAUUCAACAUGGCCAAACCUUUGUCUUGCAAGUGGACAAGUGGGAUUGGUCCUCGAAUUGGCUGUGUCAGAGAGUACCCAAAAGAACUGCAAUUCCAAGCUCUGGAACAAGUUAACCUGUCUCCCAGAGUCACCCCUGGUCGCUUUGGAACCUCUGUUCCAAUACCUUCACCACGACCGAGCCACAAAAUUCGAGUCUCACCCACACUUGCAUACAUGGGACUCCCUAGCCCAAGGGUGUCACUUCUGGCUGCAUUCACCAAGUGAUAAAAUAAUUUUGCAAACUCUCUUUUAAGGUUAUUAAAUAUAUCUUUUACUGUAAUAGAAUUCAUAAAAUACCCUUCGAAGCACUCCAUAGCAACGUCCAAUAACUUUUACAGCAAAAUUGUACAUAGCACUAAUAAAAAUGUAAAAUAGGUGAAGGGAUCUGACCAAACAUUUCUUUGUUCUUUCAUUUGUUUUAGACUUUUAGGCGUAUAGUAUGACACCUUUUUGCAUUAA